AUGCCUUUAAACCAGUUCACCUCCAAAAGUCGCACAAACCUGCGUUCGCUGGACAGCAUAAAAGGGCCAUUCAACGAUAAGAGCAUCGACCAUAGUGCCGGUACUGCUCACAGAUGUUUCAGAAAUGAUAUCGUGGUUGGUGUUGAAAUCCGAUUCGAACAAAUUCGCUUUCCAGCUGUCACUAUUUGCAAUAUGAAUCCGUAUAAGAACUCUCUAGCUCGCCAAUCAUCUUCAAUAAAAAGCGCCCGAGGCCGAUUUGUUCCAGAUCAACAGAUGUACCGUCCCUGCGACCUGCUCACGUGUACUGUCGACGGGAUCACGAUCAUUAUGUGGUGGAUCCAGAAGGAGACGAGCGAUGUGUGCGUAAUUCCUCUUAUCUUCCUCGUCGUGCAUCAGAAGGUCACUGCGCGACAUCGCGCGAAACAGCUAUGCUCCUCCUUUCCCAUGGAGCAGUAUUACUGGAACUGUGCCCCAGAAAGAGAGAUUCAGAUCCAGGCGUGUCCAAACGAUACUGCAUCGCCAUCUCCGACACUUUGUUACUGCCAGAAAAACAAUUACUGUAUCGAGGUAGAGAAUCAAAUAAAGAUACGAGUCCGCAGAGGCAAAACCCGUGUCUACGAGAAGAUUCUCAGCCAAUACGAGGGUAUUCUUGCAGUCUACUCGAUGUGUACGUGUAAAUCCGAUCUAGAGUGCAUCGCAAUCAAAGAAAAG